GGUGUGGCUACGCACUUAUACUAGUACGGGGAGAGAGGGCGGAUCUUGAUCCGAUCUAGCGUCAUCCGGCAUCCACCUGCGAUCUCGCGAGCGGACGCGGGCCUGCCUCUCUGUGAGACUCUGUCUAGAACGUCGCUUUAUCGAUGUCGAUGGCUCGUACGAACCCCGUAUACUUGGUGCUUCACCGUCUCCUCUGUUCAGCCGCCGGGUCACCGGACGCGUUCUCAUUCCCUCUCUCUCUCUCCAUCCGCACGGCGCACAGUGCACGAAGACGUCCAUGUCACGACACAGCCGUCCGGACACCGCCAGCUGCGUUCCACAUCCGCCAGCUCUCGAUAGCACGCGUCGCACUGCUGAUGCCUCUGCUGCCGCGAGGAUUCGGGGGUUCAGAUCGUCUUUGGCCAGAUUGCCAUCCGAUAGUCCAUCUGCUGCGAACCUAGCUCGCUGCCAGCCACCCCCGCGUCGUGAUAGAACGAACGGAAGGCCCUGGGAUGACGCGACCCGGACGCCUCGAGACUCGAACGCGAAGGCGCUCGCUUCCUCUUCCUCCACGAUCGCCCUCCGUCCUCCGUACGUACCGUAUCUCGUCCACUUCGAGCGCACAGCGUUCUCUAUAGCACACGUGUGUGCCGCUCGCAUCCGUCGCUGUGCCGUCGUACGUACCUGCAGUCCUUCCCGGCGGCUUGCCAACUGUAUACGCACCACCGCGCGCUGCCGCGAAGAACCACCGUGCAGUUAUCACGCCACCACGCAGCGCAAAAAUGUCUGCAUAUCGAAAGAGGCAUCACGAAUCCGCGCACGAUCGGCCUCUGCGGGUCUUGUGACGCCCCGGGCGCAUACGAGUGUGGCUAGUCGCGGACGCAAGGGUCCGCAUUCGACGUAUGGACGUUCCCCGUGCGAGCAGAAGCCGUCCGUUAUCCCAAGGCCGUAUCCUUGGGUCAGAACUCUAUCAGAACCCGCGUAUCGAUGGCCUGUCGAUGUACGCUGAGAGUGCUAGUGGUCAAUGUCCAAGAGAGCGGGCGGAGGCGUACGGCAGGGAUUGGAAGUCGAGAAGCGGCGUACGAUAUCCCAACAGACACGAUACGGAGAAGCUAAGCGUGCACUCCGCCCGGAAUGGAAGGCACAAGGGCCGGUUAGGAACGCUCGUAUCGCGAUGUGUAAAUACUAAAUAUUUUCUAGGGAAACUCCUCGCCAGGAGCGCACGGAUAAGUCCAGACGAGUAAGCAACAAACUCGUCGAUCGCCGACGCAAGAGCUCGGAAGUAAAACAUGCGCGUAGAGAGCAUCCUGCGCUAUGUUGACACAUAGCACACGAUACGUUACGGCUGCUACGCCAGCAUGACUGCGAACGCGAGGGGACAGUAUCCGCGACUGAAAGCAACGGGCGAGCUGUCCGCGGGAACGUCUCGUGUCUCUUGUCUCGCGUCCCGCGACCCUGAUAGAUACAUCAUCCGAAACUGGGGUGCCAAUGUCCCCGCGGUCCAGACCGUCAAACAGCUCGCAGGCGGCGCUGCCGGACCUGGCCACACCCAGCGAGCAAGUCACGGUGCACGGUUGGGGCGUAGGCCGGGGAAGAGGCACCCGCAGGAACCUGCGACUGCGAGUACACCCAUGCGCAUCUGAUACAAUCUGUAUGAGAUUGAUGAUCGGUGGCCGCACUUCUGUCGAACGCCUUCUCUGCGCACAGGGCGUCCCUCUGACCUCAUCGGCCUUCUCCCCCCACGGGGACGGGACGGACCUGCCUGCGAAGGGGAAGGGGUAACUGAAGAGGAUCCGAGAGGACGACGCCGAGCGCCGAGCGGCUCGACGAAGCUGAGCGGUUGGCCACGACGCGGGAUCUUCGCUAAUGCUAAAUGGCAAUCGACGCGGGGAGAGCAGAGUAGGCUUUGAUCGACCCACGGCCGGCUUCUCUGCUCGCCCCCGUGCGUCGUUCUCCCUGCCAUCGAUUGUCGCAGCGAGCUCGAUUCCGUUUGGGCGUCCGGGACUGCACGGCCUUCUCCGAACAGAACGCGCACGCGGCCGUUUCGAGGAGUAUUCCCCGGGCGAGAAGGGCCAGCACGAUUGGCCGCUGCGUUGGAUGAGCGCAGGAGAUAGGAGUAUUACCGCGAGGUGCUAACUCGAGAUGGCCAUAUUGUGCGCGAUCGGCAACCUGGUACGUAAAGCCGGAUGCAGGGAGGCAACAUGUAGAAAGCGACAUACCAUACGCGGUGCCCUCGGCGUCGUCGAGCGAUGCAUUGCGGGUGCAGUCCCAGCGAGGUCCGACUAAGGUCAAUACGCGUCGCAGAAGCCUCGGACGUCGUACGAUAGAAGCCGGAGCAGCACGCGUUCAAGGCGUGGCGAUAGCGAGAGCCUAGGCAAGAGCAUUGGUGGCUAGGCGGCUGAUUUCACGGCGGCGAGGAAGUCGUCAUUCUAGCAAAUCUCGUGGUGACGGAACGCCCGUCGUCCAUGUUUCCUAGGAACUCGGCAGACCGAAUGCCGAGUCAACGCCACGCCAGGGUGUCCAGAAGGCGUGGAC